AUGCUGUCACUGGAAACCCAACAGAAACUAGACGAUGAGGAGCGAAACGAAGAAGAAAUUUAUGAAAACCUGAUAUUUUGGAUUCGCAUGAGGCUCACCGAAUAUUACGAAACAAUCAUCCGCCGAAAUCUGGAACCGCUCGCAGAUUUGACGGAGAUCUCACGCGAUUUUAUCCGCGGUGAUAUGGGCGCGGCUGUACUUUUCCUAUCAACAGCGAUCGCUGCAGCGUUUUUGGGGCCUCAUCGUGAAGUAUACAUCAAUGGGCUGGCGGCAGUCCCGAAUAACGUGAUGAAGACGCUCGCCGAGCAGAUUCAGAGGAUUCAGGAUAGGACGCCGGCGCUAUCACCGCCAAAUUCGCCCAGUACCUCGAAGGAGGUAGAAGCCGAGCCGGAGCCGCAUGACGAUACUUUGGAGCCGGAUGAGGAGAUAAAGAGGCAGGCCGAGAAGAUUGAGAAACUGAACGAAAGGGUCAAACGCCUCAUCGGGGAUAAGGAACGUCUCGAAGGCGAGGUCACCGGGCUCAAAGAACGGCUUCACGAUGAUGAAGCCGGACCCCGAAGCUCUGCACUUGCCGAGCAAAAUCAAGAACUACGGCUUAAAGUCGGCGUCCUGAUGGACGACCUGACGGUGGCCGAGCUGGAGAAGGGGCAGCUGAAAGAGAAUGAGCGCCAGAUGGCUGAUAAGCACCGCAAAAUGGAGGAGCGGCUCCGCGAAAUGCAGGGCGAGGUGGACAAUGUGCAACAGUUACGCGAUGAAAUACAGGUCCUAAAAGAAUUUGAGCGGAAAUGCGAGAAAAACGAGUCCCAGAUCCACCAGCUCAAGUCGAAGCUCGACCAGCGUGAAGGGCUAAUGUCAGAUAAUAAACUUCUAAACGAACGCCUGCAGACCUACAUGAACGCCCAGAUGGACUUUGAGGAUAUGCAGAAGCGGAAUCAGGCCCUACAACAACAAUUAGCGAUGGCCAAGGGCGAGCUCGACGCCAAGGAGAAAGCGCACAGGGAAUUGACACUGAAGAUUGACAAGCUCGACUACGAGCUGGGCGUUGUCCAGGAGCGCAAAAUAGCGCUCGAGGAGGAGAAUCGACGAAUUCGGAAGGAGAAAGAUACAUUGGAAGAAGACAUGAUCCGUCAUAAUGCAUCGAUGGGCAGUCAAUUCGAUGAGAGUACCAAUAGCCUCCACGACGCGAUGGCUUCGGCUAUGGCCACCGGGGGGCCGAGUGAUGCAAAUGAGCGCGUUUCGAUGCUAGAAAAGAUGAUGAGGUUGGAAAUCGAAAACAGCCGCCUGAAAGAGAAGACCGUGUCGGCGGAAAGCGCAGAAGAGCUUAAGUCUCAAACGGAAUCGCUGAAGCGUACGAUCGUUGAGCUGACCUCAGACCUUCGGAUUUCAAACUUGAAAAAUAGCGAGUUGCAGACAAAACUCGACACCCUGGAAAGAGAUCAAUGUGACCAAGGUGCGCUCAAUGGAUCGGAUCGCGAGAGGAGAGUGGCUGCCGAGAAAAUGGACAUCGAAAUGGCCAAGCUGCGUGAUAGGGCUGUAAAAGCAGAAGCCGCCCUAACGGCAUACACAGAAAAGGGCGGCCAAGAAUCUGAUGUGUUGACGAAGAGGGCGGUCGAGGCAGAAGCACAGCUCGAACACACAAAGCGGAUGAUGAACGAGUACUUGGAGAAGGCGAAGCUCGUCAUCGCCGACCAGGAAUCCCGCAGUCAGGCCAUUGAUGCCUGCGGGCUGUCUCGACAUGAAUUUGACUCGUUACGCCGCGAAAUUGAGCAAAAGGAGAAGCGAAUCCGUUUCCUUGAGACGAGAGCCGAGCAGAUGUCUAUGAUGCACGAACAAGAGUGUCGACUGAUGACGACCGCUUGGCAUAAGACGGCCAGUGACCUCAUCGCUUUCCAACGAGGCACCGAUUCGCUGACGGACAGCUCGCGAGAACGCGGCUUUUUGUCACAGCACCGAGAUCCGCACCUUCAUUUUAGGGAACCCGACUAUCCACACGCAAACUAUCAUCACGGUGCUUUUGAUGGGAUG